CAUUACCACGGGUUCGCUGUCCUAUACUGCGGACUGGAGACACUGCGUUUCUGCUCAAUGUUUCAUGGACGGUUUGAAUAGAUUAUCUCUAACGGAAUACUUGAGAGCCAGGAAUUUAGUCUACGGUUCGCUGCCUGUGCUGCAGUUUCAAUGGGCUAUCGGCUAUCUAUUCACCGUGAGUAGGCUGAACGCGAUACGCUGUCUUGUUGCAUAGCCUACUUUUGUAAAGAAGGUAUGAGUUUGUUAGAAUGAAUUGCGCUUUUGGUAUUAUGUCAUGUAGUCUGGGGUGUUUUUAGAACUAUGAAUGACCCCCGUGACAAGGAUUUAAUACCGAUAUCUCGGAAACACCGAUUCAUGGCUGCAAUAAUGCCCGGGGACGAGAGCCCAUCGCAUGGCAACACUUCCAGGGCUGAUCGGAAUGGGAUAGGAUUGGUUCACUGUUUUAUUUGUGGAAGCGGCGUUUCGCCCGGAAAAGAAUUGAGAUUACAAGUGAAAUAUCCGAAAGAGAAUAGUCCGUUUUUCCCGUUUUUACAAAACCAAGAGCCAGCGCCAGGGGCAUGUGAAGUCAGCCCGGAUGGACACGCUACGGUGUGCGCCGUGUGCCACUGUUUUCUGGGGGAGCAGUGGAACUCGUUCGAGCGGACUAGGACACCAAUAGAGAAGCGUAUGUACUGGCUGAAGAGGCCGUACCAGUGCGACUCUCGGCGGAUACCACAGGAGUGGAACAUCUCCUAUGACAUGGAGAGGAGAAUCAGUGUCAGCAGCCAGAAUUACGAUGGGAACGAGUCAGAUUUCUCCUCUUUCUCGGAAAACGAGAACAUGUCAGACCAAGAACUGGAUUUAGUAGACCGCGCCGGUGUGAGCAAAGAGAAGUACAAAACAUCUGCCAACAGCAGCAAAACUCCCAGAGACGGUAGCAGGAAGAACAACAACAGUGUUAUCAGUGUUAAAAACAGCCCUGACUCUCAACGGGCUAUCCGCUAUCCGGUUGGUGUCUACCAGGCACAGGACUCGCCGAAAUCGGAUAGUGCCAUGCCUUCCAGGCGCGGUGCUAAAAUUAUGAAUCAUGUCUCUCAAUCAUCAGUAUCUCUGUCCCAGAGAUACUAUGACAGCUCUCACGUCGACACACCUGUGCAGGACAACGGGAUCAUUAUGCGCAACAGGCAGUGGCUAGCGGAGGGGAAUGUCAGACACGCUGACCCGCGCCCUCUCCAACGCGCUGCUGACAGCAGCUGUAGCUUAACCAGGCAUCCCUCCCUCAUAUUCCACCAGAAAGGAGAGGAUCUCGCUGACGCUGCCGACGGGCUAUCACCCAUUGGCACCACUGUCACCUCUAGGCGCGACGCAGCAGCACCUAGAGAAAGUGUUCCGGGUAGGUUUACAGCCUCUGACAACUCUGACAACGACCAUGAGAUCAAUAUAACCAGUGACGACGACCGCGAGGUGUUUGAAGCAGCUGGCAGCAGCAGAGAGAGGGUAUUGGCCCUGCUGAGACCACCCAGGGACGCUGCCGGGAGGGUCAUUGCCAUGCCCCAGAGUGGUGCCAGUGGUGGUGCCAACAGGAGUACCAGUCCCGAGGAGUGUGUGUGUUACAUCUGUGGCAGCGGGAUGUGGCAGGGCGGGAGGUUCCGUGUGUCUGUGCAGAAGCAGGAGAGGGCAGCCAGCGAGCCCUUCUUCCCCUUCCUGUGGUUACACAGUCCUCCCCCUGGCGCCAUGCCCCUCACCCCGGGGGGCACCACCCUGGUCUGUGCCAGCUGCCACACCUCCCUCAUGCAGCAGUGGCAGGGCUUCCAGCUGGCCGACGUGCCCGUUCUCCAGCGCCUCUACGUGGUCCCCCUCAACCAGGGCUCCUCCACCUCUGCACCAGCCUCGGGCCACCCUCCCUACCUCACUCCACAGGAAAGGCACCCCUCAGAGCCCCCGGACCGCCUACCUAAGUCUCAGGCUUCCUGUGAGGCCUGUUUCCUCUGUGGCCAGGAGUGCGGGCGGGAUGUGAGGGUGGCAUAUGCACGGGCCGGCGUGGGCAAAGCCCGCGGUGCCAUGUAUUUCCCCUUCAUCAACCUGCUGCCGUGCCCGCCUGGUGCCCUGGGAGUGAGGAACGGCCGGGUGCACUGCUGUCCUCCAUGCUACGCCAUCCUGGAGGAGAUCUGGGGGGCGUACCGCCUCAGCCUCAGUGAGGACCUCAUCACCUCUGUCACCUCCUUCCUGGGGAGGUACCACGCAGCACUGGCCACGGGGGGAGCCGGACUGGCCCAUUCCCAAAAGGGGGUGUCCUCCUCUUCCUCUGGCCAUGGUGCGUCUGUAUCAGUGUGUUACCUGUGUGGGACAGAGCUAGGGGUCGGGGGGGAGUUCCAACUCCAUGUCAACCCUCCCGGGCGCUGUGGAGAGAGAGAGCCCUUCUUUCCCUUCCUCACCAUCCACCCUCCCGCUCCCCGCGCCAAACCUGCCGACGCCACCGGCCUGGUGUCAGCCUGUGCCCUCUGCUAUCACGACCUGCAUGCCCAGUGGGCUCAACAUGAGAGCCAGGGUUCUGCCACCCCCAGCUAUACAGCCCCAGGCCCAGCCUCCUCCACCCCCCAGCCGGCCAGCUCUCCCUGGGCCAGACAGUACAGCUGCGAGGCCUUUGUGUGCUUCUUCUGCAGACAGGAGCAGAGGCGUCAGGGGGGGCUGUGUGCGGUCACAGUGGCCAGGCUGCCUGUGUUCCUGUACGCCCCACGCGGGCGCCGCACCCUUCUCGUGGAUGAUGGGAGGAAGCUGGUGAUUGGCUCGUGUGUUGAAUGUAAGUCCAUGGUGCUGGCGGGACAGAGCAUGCAGCAGGAGAGAGACAGGGACGGGGAGGGACAGGGAGACGGGAGGACAGAGACAGAGUCACCUCCCCCUACAUCACGCCCCAGACACAAGACAUCCAGUGUGAUUGAGGGCGUGGCCAGAGUCAACAAGGAGGUGGAUUCUUCAUUACGUACAUCAGCAGUGAGCGAAUCACAAUCAACGGAAUCUGGGGUUGGCCACACCCCUUCUCUACCCCCCACCCUAGAGCCAGAGAGAGGAGACCGCCCACCUUCCAGCAUGAGCCAUGAGCCAAAGUCACCUUCCUUAGGAAUGAUAUCCACGGCAACUCGCACCACGGCGACGGUCAGCCCCCUCACCCCGUCGUCCCUUAACGGAUCUAUCGUAGCCAAUGGGAGCCCGGCGGCCCAGUCUGCACACUCCGGAUUCGCCGCCGCCCUCCGUAAACUGGCCAAACAGGCUGAGGAUCCUCGAGCUGGCUCGUCCAUCAGUAGUGAGUCGUCUCCGGUCUCGUCCCCAGCCACCAACCACAGUUCUCCGGUUAGCACACCCAAGAGAGGCCCCCUGGGCCAAGGGCCUGUCCUGGCGCCACCUGGCGGCCACAGUGUGCCAAGCACCCCGCCCGUCGUCACCAUUGCCCCCACCAAGACCAGCAACGGCCUCUGGAGGAGCGAGGCACGCCAGACUGACUCGGGCCCUCGUGGGGUCAGUAGGGAGCGUCUGGGAGCAGAGGCGCCCCACCAGCAGGAGAAAGGUGGCCCCUCAGUCCCUGCUCACCUCAUAGGAAACCCCUAUGCCUUUGGCCUGAGCCCCGGUGCUGUCAUGCAGGACGCACGCUUCCAGCCCCUCAAUCUGCCCAGGCAGCUGCCCCAUGGAGUGCCCCCUGGUGGUGUACCAGAGGAGUACCUGCGGGGGUUCCGUCCCUACGCCACGGCCGAGGACCUCCGCAUGCCUUCUGGACUGCCCCUGGGCCUGGACCCCGCCACCGCCGCCGCCUACUACCAUCCCUCCUACCUGCCACAUCCCUCCUUCGCCCCCUACAGGAUGGAUGAUCCGUUCUGUCUAUCAGCUCUGAGGUCACCGUUCUACCAGCUCCAAGGAGGGGGAGGCCUGCCCCCCCUGCACCCCUCUGCUGUCCACAUGCACCUGCAGGGGGUCCGCUACCCUGGGGACCUCACACACGCCUCACUGUCCGCUCUGCAGUCUGAGAGACUGUCUGAAAGGCUCCAGAUGGAAGAUGAGCUCCGACAGCGAGAGAGGGAGCGCGAGCGUGAACGAGAGCGCGAGAAAGAGAGGGAGCGUGAAGCGGAGCGAGAGAAGGAGCGGGAGAGAGAAAGAGAGAGGGAGCGAGAAAGAGAGAAGGAGCUGGAGCGGGAGAGAGAGCGUGAGCGGGAGAGGGAGCGGGAGAGAGAGAAGGAGCGAGAGAGAGAGAGGGAGAUGGAGAGGCAGAAGGAGAGGCAGAAGGAGAGAGUGAUGAGAGAGAAGGAGCUACAGUCCAAGGCGAUGGAGAGUCACUACCUGGCUGAGCUCCAUGCCAUGAGAGGACAGGAGGACAGAACCAAGCCUGAGAGACUCACCCUCAACCGGCCAGACAAAACCAAAGAGUCCGCCCUCCAAGCUCCUAAGCCAAUGCCACCAGGCCUCCACUCCUCCCUGAGCCAAUCACAUCACGGCGUUCCCGGCCUGGUCUCUGCCCAUGGCCUCUACCUGGGGCCCGGCGGCGUGGGGGCGGGUCUCACCGCCGCCAUGAUGCUCCAGCGGACCAAUGAGGAAGAGCGCUGGUUGGCGCGGCAACGGAUGCUUCGCCAGGAGAAGGAGGAUCGUCAGUACCAGGUGUCAGAGUUCAGGCAGCAGGUCUUAGAGCAACACCUGGACUUGGGACGACCUGGGGAGGGAGGAGAGCUACGCUCAGACACACACAGGUCCAUACCAAAUCACCACGAGCCGGGUGGCCGCGACAUCCACCCCCACCUGGGCGCCCCUCCUCCUCUCAUCUCCCCUAAACCCCUCCAGUCCCGCGACCACCCCCACCCCCCUCCUCCCACCACCCUGUGGAACCCCGCCGCCCUCAUCGAUACCGCCUUGGACUCACGACGCACCACCCACCACGACCCACCGGGCUUGGGCCACUAUGACCUCAGCCGCUUGCCUCCCAAACUGGAGGAUGGGCUCCGGAGGGGCAGGGACCGGGACGGGGGCCUGGAGAAGUACCACCCCCCACUCCGAGGCCCCCCGGGGCUGCCUGAGCCCAGCACCUUCCUGGCAGAGCUGGAGAAAUCCACCCAGACCUUCUUCAGCCAGCAGAGGGCCUCGCUGUCCCUGCCCAGCCAGUACGGAGAGCUGGGGGGAGGGAUGAAGAGCAGCGGGGCCCUGAAGAGCCUCCAGGGGCCCCCAGGAAUGGGGAGACAAAGCCAGGCCCAGGGACACAGUCUGGGCCAGGGAAUGGGACCUGAGUCUGGCCUAAUGUAUGAUGAGUUUCUCCAGCAGCACCGUAGGCCUGUCAGUAAACUGGACCUGGAGGAGAGGAGGAGGAGAGAGGCCAGGGAAAAAGGUUACUACUAUGAGCUGGAUGACUCGUAUGAUGAGAGUGAUGAGGAGGAGGUCAGGGCCCACCUCAGGAGGGUAGCAGGGCAGCCCCCUCUCAAACUGGACGACUCCACAGAGAAAGUGGACUUCCUGUGUGUGUUUGGUCUGACCACGGUGUCACGACGUGACCACCUGAUGCAGCAGAAGAGGAGGAAGAGGAGGAGGAUGCUGAGGGAGCGCAGCCCCUCGCCCCCGGCUGUUCUGUCCAAACGCACCUCCUCCCCCGGCCCCCUCAGCACCCACUUCACCCCAGAGGAGAUGGACAGAGCCCCCGAACUGGAAGACAAGAAACGCUUCCUCACCAUGUUCAGCCUGUCCCACGUCUCUGUACAGCAGAGGAGAGAUAAUGAGACAGUGGUAGAGUUGCUUCAGGCUAUUAAACAGAAGAGCGUAACCUUGGAUACCAUCAGACAUGCUCGUCACCCCCUAUGUAAGACCCCCCCAGCACAGAACUCAGAUCCUGCCUCAGCGCUUUCCAGCGAAUCAGAUGAGCCAUUCAGUGUCAGUCCCUCCUCCCCGGGCGGACUCCUGAGGCAACCUAAACCCCCCUCCUCCUCUGACGCACUGAGACCAAAGGACCCCCCUCCUCCGCUCCCCUACUCAGAAAAGACCCGUGGGCUCCCUGAGGGCCCCCCCUCCAAGAGGAGCUCGUCAUCCAGCCUGCUGAAUAGCCUGCGCCCCCCCGUGCAGCCUAAAGAUGUUCCCCCCAGCCUGAACGGCCGGACCAAGCCCUGGGAGAGCUUUACUGCUGAAGAGUUUGCCCAGCAGUUCCACGAGUCCGUCCUCCAGUCCACACAGAAGGCCCUGCAGAAGCACAAAGGUGGAGCCACAGUGAUCUCAGCGCCCUCUCACCUCCAGGACUCCUCAGUGCACUACAACAUUCCAGAGCUGCAGAGCGCCCCCAGCCGGCCGCCCCCGCCACACACACACCCUCACACACACCCGCACGCACACUCCAUCCAACACCCACACUCACACCCGCACCCCCAGCCCAAUGGGCAGCACUGUCCCCCGCACCCCCACAGAGAGCUCCCAGGAGUAAGGGAGGAGCAGUCUGCACCAGAGGACUCAGAAGAAGAGGAGGAAGAGCAGGAAGAGGAGGCCCCAGUACCCAGGUGGCAGGGGAUUGAAGCGAUCUUUGAAGCCUAUCAGGAAUACAUUGAAGAGCAAGGUGUGGAGCGCCAGGUGCUGCAGAGCCAGUGUCGGAGACUGGAGAACCAGCACUACAACCUGAGCCUGACAGCAGAGCAGCUCUCCCACAGCAUGGGGGAGUUGAUGUCUCAGAGACAGAAGCUGGCGGUAGAGAGGGAGAAGUUACAGGCCGAGUUGGAGCACUUCAGGAAGUGUCUGACGCUGCCGCAGCCCCACUGGGCCAGGGGAGGUCACUAUAAGGGUUACCCCCCCAGGUGACAGCUCCACUGACCCCCAGGCCCGGCCCCCUCCCUCCCCGCCCAAACAGAGUUUAUUUUUAUGACCCAGCCUGGAUCUGGACCCAGAUGGACAGCUCCACAGGAGAGAGGGAUGGACAGGUCCACAGGAGAGAGGGAUGGACAGCUCCACAGGAGAGAGGGAUGGACAGGUCCACAGGAGAGAGGGAUGGACAGCUCCACAGGAGAGAGGGAUGGACAGGUCCACAGGAGAGAGGGAUGGACAGGUCCACAUGAGAGAGGGAUGGACAGCUCCACAGGAGAGAGGGAUGGACAGCUCCACAGGAGAGAGGGAUGGACAGGUCCACAGGAGAGAGGGAUGGACAGGUCCACAGGAGAGAGGGAUGGACAGCUCCACAGGAGAGAGGGAUGGACAGGUCCACAGGAGAGAGGGAUGGACAGCUCCACAGGAGAGAGGGAUGGACAGGUCCACAGGAGAGAGGGAUGGACAGCUCCACAGGAGAGAGGGAUGGACAGCUCCACAGGAGAGAGGGAUAAAGGAUUAACUGAUAGAUGGAUGGGGCAGCAGGGCCAAGCAGUGAAGCACUGACUGGGGCUGCUGCCAGCCUGCCAGGGAUGGUGCCACCAGCCAGUGGUCUGUGCUGACCCUGGGGUCAGAGGCUGCAACAGGCACGACACACAUGGGGCAAAGCUCUAGGACGGUAUGGUCAACACACACACAAACAUACAAAGAGGCACACACUCACACCACUCUCUUCAGCAGGCACCAGUUACUCGCUUACAUUGCUGUCCCAGACCCAUCCUAGGCUCCCCUCACAGCCACGCCCACACAGACAAUCCUGCAAUCGGAGAGCAGCUCAGCCCUGGAAUGGGUGUGGUCACCUGACAGAGCGCCAUCUACCACCAAUCCAAUGCCCCUACCUCUGGCCAAUCGGACAGAACUGACCCUCCCAGCAUCUCUCCUGGUGGCAGGUCAGGCCAGCUUUCAAACUUGAAAUGCACUUAAAGAGAAAGACCUGAAGAACUACCUGGUGGUACUGUGUUACGACAAAGAACUGUUCAAAUUAGGGAAGAACUUACAAAAUGCACAUUUUGGCAUGAAUAAAGGAAAUGUUUUAUUUCGAGAUGAGAAUAAGAAUUUAAAAGGUGCUUCAGCCUUGUAUUGUAAAUACUAUUAUGACGAAAAAUAAUUUUGUAUGUUUUUAUUACUUUAAUCAUUGUUCUUUUAAGAAGAUGAAAAUAAGCCUGCCAUUUGUUUUAUAUGUUCAUGCUUUUUUGGGUGAAACAGAAAGCUUUGCUUUUAGUGUUUGUUCUGCUUCUGGUCAGGACUGCCCUGUUCAGAGGUGUAGAUUGAAGGAGAAAAGGAGAGAGAGAACAUGCUCCUCUUCUCAUCUUCCCCUUUGACCAGGCCAUGUGUGCUGCCGUAGCAGCAGCCUGAGCUCCAGCCACAGCCCUCCCUCCCCUGGCCUCCAGGCCCCGUAAGGCUCACUGAGAUGGGGGUAAGACCUAACUCCAGGCCCCACAGGCCUCCCAGAUCCAUGCACUCCAUCAGAACACCAGCCCCACACAGAACCCCUCCUGUCAGGAACAGCAUGUUUUACCAAUCCUCUGUGUGAGUAGUUACCCAUGGGAAAGAGUGAGUGACAGCUACAGUUACAAUGUCAUCCUUUAUUUCUUUAUUUCUCUC